AGGCUUUGAAAAACGUGCCCAAUAUCCUGCUAAAGCUUAAAGGAAAUUAUCGUUAUUGCUAUAGUAGAUUGUAUAUAAUUUCCUGAUAAGUUCGAGUUCAAAUCAAAGCAUACUAUUCGAGAUGAAGACACUAAUGAGCAUGAUCUAAAAGAUUUUUAUAUUGAAUAAAAAUCUUUUAGAUUUAUUGAUUUGCCAAAAUUUCCAAAGAAUAAGGAAGAUCAGCAUUCAAAUAUAGUUGAAAAAUGGAUAUACUUCUUUAAAUAUGCAGACGAAACCAGUGAAGAAGAGCUGAAAAAAAUAAUAGGUAGUGAUCUAAUAAUUAAAAAGGCCUAUGAAGAGCAAAAUAGUUCAACUGGUCAGAAAAUAAUUGAUUGCUUAUGAACAGGAAAUAAAAUGUAUUCUUGAUGAACAAGCUGUCCUCGCUCAAAAACUUGAUGAUGCUACUGAAAAAGGCAAAAAAGAAGGCAUCCAAAUCGGACAUGAAAAAGACAAGAGAAAAGGGCGAAAAACAGGAUAAAACAGCAGUGGCUAAAAAUCUACUUAAAGCUGGUGUAUCUAUCGAUUUCAUAGCUGAAUCUGCUGGACUUCCUAAAGCUCAAAAAAGAAAAAGCCGAGAAAGAGCUUUUUACGCCAACAAUGUGUGGUAUCCCCAAUUGUCUACACCUGGCUCACUCUCUCUUGUCUGUGGUUCCAACCAAGCUAUACGUUGCUAUAUUUAAUGAAGCCAAUAAUUAAUUAAUUUUCACCGUCUUAUUGAAUAUAUACCAAUGCUUAAAAACUUGGUUAUCUUGAUAAUCGAUUAUCUAUUAUUGUAUCACUUAAAUAAGUUUCAGGGUUAUCAUCUAUUACAUCAGCAGUUUCUUGCCCGUUUUUGCUCCAGUUUACAGUACUCUUCCGGGUUUUUCCUCUUAAUUUUUGUUGUUGUUCCACCUUGUUGUA